GUCACGUAAAACCAGGAAGUCUAAAACAGUACGUGGCCUUUUCAUCUUGGACCAUAGAGAGAGGAGCUCCACUUUAUGACAAAAUGGAACUCGAAGCAAUGACCAGAUACACCAGCCCGGUGAACCCGGCUGUGUUCCCUCACCUUACUGUCGUCCUUCUGGCCAUCGGCAUGUUCUUCACCGCCUGGUUCUUCGUCUAUGAGGUUACAUCCACGAAAUACACCCGGGACGUCUACAAAGAGCUGCUGAUCUCCCUUGUGGCAUCACUUUUCAUGGGCUUUGGUGUACUAUUUUUACUACUCUGGGUUGGGAUCUAUGUAUAAAGUUUGGGGUGGAUGCUUUGAAGAAUAACACAUUCCAGUGGAGCAAAAUCAAACACAACACAUACUGGAUUUAAUUGGACUGCACUGACAAUAUUUUGGCUUCAUGUUGACUCUGGUUUCUUUUCACGAGUAAAGGGUAUUUGUAAAA